AUGGCCGCAGCUGCAGUCCAAAGUGCACCCAUCUUCGACACCCAGCCACGGGUUCAGCUUGAGCAGCAAGGAGAACGCCGCGUUCCCAAGCACGAUGUCAACGCCAGCCUGAACUUUUAUCAGCCCAAUGCCGACGGCUCCCCUCCAGCGCCCACCUACGUUGACAAGCCUGAGACGUACCAGCAGCAACGCGACACGCACCAGAUCGUCGUCAAGGACAUUGCCGGCGAAGAAGACAAGUACAGCCUCGACCGCAAUGGCUUCCAAGUAUACCAGCGUCCUGCUGCUGAGCGGGACUUUAUCGACGAUGAACAAAUUAAGUCGGGCUACUACGCCGAAACAGAAGAAUUGCUCAAGGACGUGACCGGCGCUGAUCGCGUCUUCAUCUUUGACCACACCAUCCGCCGCGCCCCCGCCGGCUCCAAGGGCGACAAGCUCAACCGCGCCCCUGUGCAGCAGGUGCACAUUGACCAGACCUACGACGCCUCGCUGUCGCGCGUCCCGCACCACCUCCCCGACGAGGCCGACGAGCUCGUCAAGGGCCGCGUGCAAAUCAUCAACGUCUGGCGGCCCAUCUCGACGGUCCAGCGCGACCCCCUCGCCGUCGCCGACGCCCACUCCGUGCCCGAGUCGGACCUGGUGGCGCGGCAGCUCAUCUACCCCAACCGCAACGGCGAGACGUUUAGCGUCAAGCACAGCCCGGGCCAGAAGUGGUACUACCGCUCCGGACUGGCGCCGGACCAGGUGCUUCUCAUCAAGUGCUUCGAUAGCAAGACCGAUGGGAGGGCGCGCAGGGUCCCACACACCGCGUUCGAGGAUCCAUCGGCACCGAGCGAUGCGCCUACCCGCGAGAGCAUCGAGAUUCGGGCGCUGGUCUUCCACACUGCAGACCGAGACUAG